UUCUUUACUUUCGUCUGCUGUAUUUUCCACCACGAAAGGACUGGACAUUUGCUUCCAGCCAGCGAUGUCAAGUGUCUCAACUACCCACCUAACCUUACCGCAGUGGGACGGAGGCUCACGGAAAAUUCGCUAUAUUUACCUGGUAAAUGUGACUUCAUUCAGGCUCACAGAGUGUCCCGACAUGGGUCCAGUGGCUCCUCUCUAUUUAGGAGCUGAUCUUUUCUCUAAUACUGACAUCCGUACAGAGAACCAUCCCAGAUAUCAUGCCAAGUUUGCCAAGAAGGGACUGGCCACAAAAAUACAUUUUUCCUCAGCUUUCAGAUUUCAUGGGCUGAAGGUACCGACUGCAAGUAACAGCCUCUGGUUCUACAGCGUUCAAGGACUUUUUCGAGUUGCCUUUGAAAUGUACAAUAAGCAGGAGCAGCUUGCUGUGCUGGAGAAUUUCCAGGAUGUCUGGAAAUCGCAGAUUAAUGACAGCCAUCUGAAAAUGAGUUACAGUCUCAGUGUGCAGCUGGAUGUCGCUGUGUCCAGCAGCCUAUGCAAUACAGAACCAAGGAUUGAAAUCUCAUCACAACCUCAGCAUUGCAAGAUUGGCCAGGAAAUGGUGGAUGUAUGCAGCAGUGACACAGGUGAUACAUCAGCAGAUCAUGAUUAUUGCUGUUCUCCAAAGCAGAGCUUGCAAACUGAGCAGAGCCAACUGCUUUUACCAAUGGUGAGACAAAAACUGCAGAACUUGGGUGACAAAUUCUCCUCUGAGACUCAAAGCUUCACAGAGCAGCAGCUGGAGACUACCUUGCUCCUUUUGGAGAACAUUGUUCGGUACGUUCAUGGGAAACUAGAAGAAAAGGAUGUGACAGAAGCUGUGUUGGCACUGUUAAAGACCAAAGACUGGGGAUGUGUGUAUUCAAGCUCCAUGCUUAAUUGUAUCGGACGAUGGCUUGGCCAGCAGUUUAAUGCAGCCAAUGGCAGCAUCAGCCAGAAAGUGGAGGGCUUUAAAAUUCAGCAUAUUGAGCAUAUCAGUGACUUGCCACCUGCUGAGGAACUAGCCACAGAGCUAUUCCCUGAAGCCAUGCGGACACUGCUGCUUCACUGGAUGGGUUUAAGUGAAGAAUCCACCCUUGAGAAAAGACGUAGCGAAUACCCAAUACUGCUCCUUAUCCUUGAGUUUGCCAACCACAACCUCAUCACUGGUGUGGCUCAUGUGCUUUAUUCCAGUCUUAUAUGCAAAUAAGAGUUUUUCCUCUUGAAUGUCUCCAUGUAG